UCCUUUUCUGUAGAUGACAGUAUAAUUUAGAGAAAAUAGUUAGAUAUUAUUUGUUAUGCUUCUGAUGAAUGGUCUGUGAGGACAGGUGAUGCAUAUAUGUUUAUCUGUGUUUGUGCUUAAAUGUGUGAAUGCGUGUGUAUUAGAAAGUAUGUUUGUGGUUAUGUUUAUCUGGUUGAAAGUAUUUGAGCUUGCACUUUUGCAUGUGUUAAUGUACACAUUUGGUUUUGAGUUGCAUAUGUGCAUCUUUAUAUUUCUACAUCUGUAUUUUUUUUUAAUGAUGAUAAUAACAGUGAUAGCAAUUAUUUGUGUGUGGGGUUUGUGGGUGUGGGGGUGGGUAUUGAUUUUUGUCUCUAUGUCUUUCACUCUACAUGUGUAUGUUUUUGUGUAUGCUUGUGUGAAUGACAUAUGAUUAUAAAGGUUUAUGAUGUGUUGGACUUAUGAAAAUGCUUCCAGACAAUUCAUUUUUUCACUCCUUUUCAAAUACAAAACAAAUAUUUAGCUUAAAAAUAAUAUUCCUGAAUUCUCAUUAUUCUAGUACAAAUAACUGACAAAAGUUAUCACUUUUAAAAGAUAUUUGUUUGUUUGCAUGUAUUUUAUUUAGUUAUAAAUGGUGUGUAACUGUUUUGCCAAACGUUAUUUCACAUGUAACAUGGAAUGCUUUAAGUUAAAAUAGUGUUAUGCUACAAGUGAAAAUAUAUAUGCAUAUAUAUGGUGUGCUGCUUUCAGUCAUUUCUAGGAAUCCAAUGCUCAAAAGCAACAAGUUUCUUGCAGCUCCUUUUAAAGAUUAUAAGAAAUGAAAUCGAGGAAGGAUUUUCUUGGAUUUAGAAAACAUUACCCAAAGUAUUCAGAUAUGAGUAUGCAAUACUUAUGAAUGAAUCAUCUCUUAUAAAGAGAGGUUAUACUGUGAUAAUAUGUAUUUUACUUUGUGAAAGUAUUAGACUAUAACGUAAGAAAUUAAUAUUUGGUCACAAGGGUUACCAGUGUUGUGAUGAAGGAUUAGUAGAUGCCUCAUGAACAGCUGAUUUGAAGAUUUACAGUUCUAGUCUGUAAAUAUACAACAGCAACAAAUUUUGUGACAUUCCCCCUCAAAGCAAUUAGAAAUAAGAAUUUCCAUAAUGGAUAUGUUAUGUUCUUUUAGACAGUUUCAUAAUUUUGCUGAUUAUGUAUUCCAUCUCAUGAUCUCAUGUUGUCUUUGUCUUUGUUUAAAAUAUGCAAUUCUGCUAUAGUCCUGUGACUAUGGCCUCUUUAGAUGUGACAGUAUUGAUGUAUGCAUUGGAAAAUUUAUUAAACACCUGAAGAUGUCUUUAAAGUUCCUUUAUUCAUAGAAAGUGAAUAGAGUGAAUUAGAACAUGCCUACUAAUUGAAAGACAAAAUUACCACUUUGGAACCAACUAGGAUUUGACCUGCAGUUCGUUCUAAAGCAGUAUCCAAGCUUAGAUCAGUGAAGCUUUUGAUUUGUGUCACUCUUAACAAAAGAGCAUGUAUGAGCUUUAUAAUUCAGGUAUAAAAUUAGCAUAUAUGGUGCAUAGUUGACUGAUUUACGUUGUUCUCAAAAGUUCUAUUGUUUGCAACAAGAAUAAGUUGGGCAUCCUCAACAGGUGAUGCUGGACAGUGACGGCAUGAGGACUGGCAGAGGAGGAAGGACAGGGACUGAAGAAAGUAAUACAGCAGUCAAGUUACUUGAAUGCUGCAAGUGCUCCUAUACUUGCAUCCAACAAGUACAAAUGGAUAUGCAUUAUCGAACACAUCCAGAAGUGAAGCCAUACUCAUGCCCACAUUGUCCUUUUCGUUGUUCCCGCAGUGAUAACCUAAAGAUACACAUUCGUAUCCAUACUGGAGAAAGACCCUUUUCAUGCCCUCACUGUCCACAUCACUCUGCAACAAGUAGUGAUCUGAAGAAACACAUUCGCACUCACACUGGGGAGAAGCCGUACCUGUGUCCCUUUUGCCCAUUCCGAAGUACUCAAAGCAGUAACCUUAAGAUUCAUUUAAGAACACACAAUAGUGGACAUGCAUAUAGAUAAUUUCUUUAUUUCUUUUAGUAUUUGUCAUUUCUCUAAAUUAGGAUUUUGAUCCAGUUCAUGUAAGCCUAAUUACCUGACAUUAUAUGUAAGUAUUUCAAAGGCAUUCAGAUUUUAGGCAUCUGUAGUUCACAAGUUGCGCUUUGAAUAAUUUGUGUACUUAAUCUGUACAUUAUGCCAUCUUGGUAUGUUGUGCAACAGAACAUGAAGCUGUUUCCUUUUCUCAGUGUGAGACUACUAAAUGCUUAUUAAAGUUUUUCUUAUUUAGAAAUAAACAGUAGCACUUAUUUUUUUCCUUUUUGUUAACUGGAUAGAUAUUGUUUUUGAGUCACAGAAUAUAUUUUAACUUGUAUUUAUUACUUUUGAGGAAAAUGAUAGUUGACUCUUCAUUAUUUUCAGUUGUAAUUUAAUCUAAUUAAAUCUCUUGACAAGCACACAAGUAUGCACACAAUUACACAUACAAAUGUACCUACACUCAUUCAACAUAUAU